ACUUGUUUGGGAGGCUCUUAGGCUGGAGUAGAUCACAUAUCUCUAGCAGUACCAACACCUCUUGCACACAAAGCUUCAACCUACUAUACUAGCAUUGACACUUUAACAGGAAAACAACACUUCCUUUCUGACAAUCCCAACACCAGGACCUAGAAAAGUCACACUGGUUAAGAGACUGACAACCAUGGCGGAGUACAAAGACUUCUUGGAUUUGUUCAGCGAUGAAAAUGACAUGGAUUAUAACUACACAGACCCCAUCUAUGUUGUGGAUAAACUGGUGAAUCUUUGUGCCACAGCUGAUGUGAACAGAUUUGGAGCCAAGUUCACACCAAUAUUGUACACCAUCAAUUUCCUGCUAAGCAUCAUUGGGAAUGGGCUGGUUCUGUGCAUUAUUUACAAAUACGAGAAGCUCACUUCCAUCACCAACAUCUUCCUCCUCAACCUGGUCAUCUCUGACCUGCUGUUCGCCUCCAGUUUGCCCUUCUGGGCCUUGUACCACCUCUAUGGGUGGAUCUUUGACUCGGUCAUGUGCAAGCUAGUGGGUAGCUUGUACUUCAUAGGAUUCUACAGCUCCAUCCUCUUCCUCACUCUCAUGACCUUUGACCGGUACCUGGCUGUGGUCCAUGCCAUCAACGCCCCCAAAUGGAGGAGGAAGAUCUACGCCUGUGUCUCCUCGGCAGUCGUGUGGUGUAUCAGCCUGCUGGCCAGUGUCAAGAAGUUGGUUCUAUACAAUGUCCGGGAGGAUCCUCGUGACGGAUACCUUUGUGAGGAGACGGGCUUCUCCAAUGCGAUCAUGAUAAAAUGGCAGCUGGUUGGUUACUAUCAGCAGUUUGUGAUCUUCUUCCUGUUUCCCUUGGCUAUGGUCAUGUACUGCUAUGUUAGAAUCACGGUCCGAAUCAUGUCAACCCAGAUGAGAGGGAAGUGCAGGGCAGUCAAGCUGAUUUUCGUGAUUAUAUUCACGUUUUUUGUGUGCUGGACCCCAUACAAUGUUGUAAUUCUGUUGAGGGCCCUCCAGAUCUCCACCAGUGAUGAUUCUGAGCCGUGUUCUGAAGUGCUUAACCACGCUGUGUAUGUCACUAGGAAUAUAGCAUACCUCUACUGUUGUGUGAGCCCUGUCUUUUACACGUUUGUUGGGAAAAAGUUUCAGAGUCACUUCUGGCAACUACUUGCAAAGCGCAUCCCAUGUCUGAAGAGACAUAUCAUGACUAGCCAAAGUGGCAACAGUAGAAUAACUUCUCAGAAAAGUCCACAUACCAUAUAUGAAUAUGAGAAAGGAACUGGUCUUCAAACCAGAGCAUAGGUUCCGGUACCCAUUUAGGGUGCCGGUACUGUUUAAAUUUAGGUGCAGGAUCUCCACAAUACUUUUGAGCUAAUAUUCUUUUUUUUUACCCCCUUUUUCAAUUACGAUCUUGUCUCAUUGCUGCAACUGCCCAACGGGCUCGGUAGAGUCAGACCUCCUCCGAAACAUGACCCGCCAAACCGCGCUCCUUAACCCGGCUGUACCAAUAUGUUCGGAGGAAACACAGCUCAUCUGAAGAUCCCAGCCAAACUCUCCCCUAACCCAGAUGGCCAAUUGUGCGUCGCACUAUGUGACUCCCUGUCACGACACAGCCUGGGGUCAAACCCAGGUCUGUAGUGACACCUCAAGCACUGCGAUGCAAUGCCUUAUAUGGCUGCAUCACUCAGGAGGCCCCUUGAGUUAAUGUUCUACAAGAGGAACAGGAGCUCAAGCAGUAGAACAUUUUGUGCUGGUACUUACAGUAGCUCUAGUGAGCUCCUGCCAGGUCAAAAACAUGCCAUUUAGCAGACACUUUUAUCCAAAUUGACUUAUGUAUGCAUACAUUCCACAUAUGGGUGGUCCUAGGAGUUGAACCCACAAUCCUGGCAUUGGAAGUGUCAGGCUCUACCAGGUUGAGCUACAGAGGACAAACUGUUGAUAUGAUUUGUAAAUGAUGUACAAGAUGUCUGAUAAGGUACAUGUUUUCCAUGAUGUUUAGCUCUGUUUGCAUGCUUUGAGGAGGGUUUUCUGUUCAUGUUCUCAGGGAAUUUCAGCGCAACACAAUGUGUACAUGCAAUUACAAUUAUGUGUACUUUUGCUUCUGACUUGAUGUACUCAACAUUUGUUGCUAAAUUGUAAGUUACAAUACAAAUUACAUUUUAAAUCAUUUGAUUCUAUAAAAGAAAGUGUACAUUUGAUUUGCUUCAGGAACUUGAGAUGUUACUAUCUUUGAAUCUUUGCAUUACAUUUCUAAUAAAAUAAAAUAAAUAUUUGUGCCUUGUA